AUAAAAAUAUGUCUGAUUUAAACGAUUUAAAUGAAUGCGCCAUUUGCUGCGAAACAGAGAAUAGAGAUUAUCGUAAAAUAACUUCAAUGUGUACUCAUAAAGCCGUUGUUUGUACUGAAUGUGUUAAUAGAUAUAUUCAAAAACAACUUGGUGAAAAGCAAAUUUCUUGUCCUACGACGGGAUGUAAGAAAAUAAUGGAGAGACACGAUAUUAAAAAUAUUGCAACAGAAGAACUCUUUGAAAGGUAUGAUUUGAUAACCCAAAAAAUUGCAAUUCAAAAAAUUCCGGAGUUCAGAUGGUGCAAAGUCCCUUGCGGAGCCGGACAAAUCCAUAUAGGAAAAGACGAAGCACCAGUUGUCAUCUGUGAAA